AUGGAGGCGUCUAGUUUACAAAUAUACUGGCAUGAGUCGCAGCCUAUUUAUUCACUUGCGUUUCAACCGUGUUCAAGAGAUUCGGGAUCGGAAAGUCCCAGACUGGUGACCGCUGGUGGUGAUAAUAAGGUGCGUAUUUGGCAGUUGAAUUUAGGCAAGGAAGAGCCAUACAAAGUUGAGACUAUAGAUUUUCUAAGUUCGUUGACACAGCAUGAGCAAGCUGUGAAUGUUGUACGUUUUAAUCAUCUGGGAGAUAUUUUAGCUACGGCAGGGGACGAUGGACUGCUUUUACUGUGGAAGAAGAAUGAUACGAUUGUAAAGCAGUUUGGUGUGGAUGAAGAGGAGUUUGCUGAUUUUAAAAUGUCUUGGGGCAUAUUCGAGAAGAUGCGUGUGUCCUCUGCUAGUGGGGCUUCUGAGAUAUACGAUUUGGCAUGGUCACCUUGUGGAAGAUAUAUUGUUACAGGGUCGAUGGAUAACACGAUUCGUAUUUUUGAUAUAGACGGGAAGAAAUGCGUGGCGCAGAUUUUAGAGCACAAUCAUUAUGUUCAAGGAGUAGUUUGGGAUCCAUUAGAUGAGUAUAUAAUAUCUCAAUCAGCAGACAGAUCUGUUCAUAUAUGCAAAAUUUUGCGCGAUGGCCAAGGGAUUACGGGGUUGACGUUAUAUCACAAGAUAAUAAAGGGUGAUCUACCCCGGCGGGACGGUGUCUCUAAUUCACGGCAAGUAAUAUUUUCUGAGCCGAAAUCUAGCUAUUUGUUCCAUAAUGAAACUUUACCAUCAUUCUUUAGGAGACUGGUUAUUUCUCCCUGUGGUAAUGUUCUAUGCGUGCCGACUGGUAUCUUCAAGAACCAUGGAAAUGAAGCAAAUAAUGGUACUGAGUUUGCAAAUUCUGUGUACAUGUAUACAAGGGCAUCGCUAAAGAGCAAGGAUAGCACACCUGUGCUCGCUCUCCCCUUUCUCAAGAAACCUGCAAUAGUGGUAAAGUUCAAUCCAGUAGCUUAUGCUUUAGAUGGCACUUCGGAACCUUGGAUUAAACUUCCUUAUAAGCUCGUUUUUGCAGUUGCAACAUCUUCAGAAGUUCUGAUCUAUGAUACACAGUCGACCAAGCCUCUAGCUAUUGUAGGUAAUUUGCAUUAUAUGCCCUUGACUGAUUUAACGUGGUUCGAGUCUGGAAAACUGCUGAUGAUAUCCUCAACAGAUGGAUUCUGUUCUUACAUAUCAAUAGAAAAAGAAUUAUUGGGUCAUGCUUAUACUGGGGACCUGCUUAAUAUUAAGUAUGAAUCGCCGCCAACGAUUGGGAGUUCAUUAACUUCCAUGCCUAACCCAAUCAAAGCACAUAAUAUAACACACGCUUGCAUUAAAGAGACUGGUGGUACUAGUUCCGGUGUUAUGCCGACAAGAAAACAGAUUAAACCACAAUCUACCACUUCACCGUUAGUACCUGAGCGUAGUGCUUCAUUGUGUCCUUCGCCUGUGUCUGCCUCGUCUGCAUUAACGCCUAGUAAGGUUGGAAAACCCAGACGACGUAUCCAACCUUUCCUAGUCACCGAAGAUAAGAAUAAAUAA